ACCCGCCUCCAUCACAUAUUCCCUUACCUUUCUCGCAUAUUAUUAUUAUUAUUAUUAUAUUAUUCCUUAGCUUCCCUCUUUACAUCAAAUUUUUGCUCCAAAACCCAUCAGCUAAGCUUCUUCAAUUAUAUUCCAAUGGAGUUUCUUGCAGGCAAAUCCAUCCUCAUCACUGGCGCAACUGGCUUCCUCGCUAAAGUGCUGGUAGAGAAGAUACUUCGGACUCAACCAGAUAUAAAACAGCUCUACCUUCUCAUUAGAGCCAAUGAUUCUGCAUCUGCUAUAAAAAGAUUCAAUACUGAGGUUAUGGACAGUGAAUUGUUUAGAGUUGUAAAACAAAAAUAUGGUGAGAAGUUUAAGGCACUUGUGGAGAAGAAGGUGUCCCCGGUGGCGGGUGAUAUCUCCUUGAAGGAAUUGGGAAUUGAAAAUGUUGAGCAACUCUGGGGAGAAUUAGACAUUAUUAUCAACUCUGCUGCUACCACAGUAUUUGAUGAGAGGUACGAUGUCGCAAUGAGUAUUAAUACAAUGGGCGCAACAAAUGUUCUGAAUUUUGCCAAGAAAUGUCAUAAUCUUAAAAUGAUUGUCCAUGUAUCUACUGCAUAUGUUUGUGGCGACCAAAUCGGAGUAAUAUCGGAAAGACCAUUCCGUCUGGGUGAAACACUUAACGGGCAUACUUAUUUAGACAUUGAUGAAGAAAAAAGGGUAAUAGAGGACAAACUAGUGGAGCUUCGAGCCCAAAAUGCAACUGAAAAACAAGUCAGGGUAGCAAUGAAAGUUUUGGGCAUCCAAAGGGCAAAGCUUCAUGGAUGGCCAAACACAUAUUCAUUCACAAAAGCAAUGGGAGAAAUGUUGUUAUUAAAGUUUAAGGAGAAUAUAUGUGUCAUAAUGUUACGCCCUACAAUUAUAACAAGCACUUAUAAAGAACCUUUUCCUGGAUGGAUUGAAGGUGCAAGAACCAUGGACAUCUUUGUACUGAUGUAUGGCAAAGGCAAGUCAAAUUUCAUGAUGGGUGAUCCAGACUCAAUUCUCGAUGCGAUUCCCGGAGAUAUGGUGGUGAAUUCAAUACUUGCGGCGGUCAUGCAUCACGGAAGUAACUGUCAUCAAACAUAUAGGGAUGAUGAGUUGAUAUAUCAUGUUGGCUCCUCAGCUACCAAUCCUUUGACAAUAUUGGACCUUGGGAACUAUUUAUAUCGCUAUUUCAUAGACAAUCCUUGGUCAACCAAGAGUGGAGGCCUUGUCAAAGUAGCCAAGCCCAUGUUCCUUACUAGUUUGAACGAGUUGAACAAAUACAUUUCAUUUCGUUAUCUCCCAAUGUUAAAGGUAUUAAAGUUGUUGAACAUGGUAGUUUUUCAAUACUUUGACGAGAAAUGUGUAACCAUUGAGAAAAAUAUAAGUUUCGUGAUUCGGAUUGCUGAGCUCUACAAGCCAUACUUGUUCUUUCAUGGAAGUUUUGAUGACACCAACACAAAACGAUUGAGAAUGGCUACAAAUCAAACUAGCAUGUCAGAUAUUGUAAACUUUGACCCCAGCUUUAUCCAAUGGGAGGACUAUUUCAUAAUUACACACAUUCCGGGAGUUGUAAAAUAUGCGUUCUAAUUAUGAAACAAUUUGUCAAACGUAAAAUAUGUAAUUUGUUUGAGUGAAUUUAUAUUCAAAAUUAUUCAAUAAUAUAAUAAUUUCAAUUAUAUCC